GAAUGACAGCAAAUAAAAGGGACAGAUCUCACCUCAAGCUGUCUAUGAAGCUUCCCGUCUUGACUAGAUAAAUUUUCCCAAAAACCAAUAUUUCCCUUUGAUUACAUGAUCUGUUAGCUCUUUAUGAAACAGACCCAAUUUCUGAAAUCUCUCCCAGCAGCUAAAGUCAAUAAGUGGAAAUGGGCAGGUGCGCUGACGCCAGUGAUCCUCGUUGGAUAGAGAAAAUCAAGUCAGUGGGGCCUGUUCCAUGUCUUGAUCCUGAUAACUGUUCAAAUGGAUGGGCUUCCCCACCUGGAGACAAAUUCAUGGUUAGAGGACCAGAAUAUUUUGCAAACAGGGUCAAAAUUCCUGCUGGCGAGUAUCUCUUGAAGCCUCUUGCGUUCGAUUGGAUUAAAAGCUCUUCAAAAGUUUGGGAGGUCAUGAACAAUCCAAAUAACCAUGUGAGAAAGGCCAUCGAAACUGAAUUUCCUGAUGGGGACAGACCUUUUGUGUGGGCUUUCAAUCUCCAAGUGCCAAGCAAGGACAACUUUAGUGCUGUUGCAUAUUUUGUAGCCAAGGAACCUAUGCAAGAGGGUUCCCUGCUGGACCAGUUCUUAAGAGGUGAUGAUGUGUAUAGAACCUCACGUCUCAAAAUGAUCGCAAACAUUGUGAAGGGUCCUUGGAUAGUUAAAAAGGCAGUUGGAGAGCAGGCUAUUUGCAUAAUUGGACGUGCCCUUACCUGUAAAUAUGUCAUAUCGGACAAUUUUAUAGAAGUAGAUGUGGAUAUUGGGUCCUCCAUGGUUGCCAGUGCGAUUGUUCACUUGGCAUUUGGCUACAUCACGACGUUGACGGUUGAUUUGGCUUUCCUUAUCGAGAGCCAGACUGAGUUGGAGCUACCUGAAAGAAUCUUGGGCGCUUUUAGAUUCUCAGAUCUGGACCCUGCUUCAGCAAGGUUAAUGGAACCGUUUGAUAGUACUAAUGUGAAUUUACAGUCCUCUCUUUCCACUAGAUGGUGGAGGUCCAUCGGUCAAGGGUUUUCCCAUUUAAUUCACCAAAGCUCCCAGGAAAGCAGCUCUUCUUCGGGAUCAGUGCACAGUAAUGGCAUUGGCAGUGCAGACAAGAAUGACAAAUUAGGAACAUGAUUACAUAUGCCACAUGCAGAGUUGAUGUCAAUUUCUGGAAGCAUUUCCUGAUAUCAAAGGUUAUGUCCACUCAUAAAGAAUUCAGGAACUUCUGCGCUGACAUGUACCGAUUUGAGCUUGCUCAUGUUGUCCAAUACUUCGUUGAUCUAUACAGUAGAUCAUGUGGCUGAGGACUGACAACGAUUCUUUUUGUCUACCCAUCUUCAACGUCUGCGAGGGCCUUGUAUUUAUGCAUUGCCAACAUUGAAUUGAAUGAAAACUGAUAUGCCCUACA